CAAUCGCAGGUCGACGCACACGUUGCCCAGCUCCAGAACCAGCUCAGCCGAUGUGACAGUGUGAUCUCCUGGGUCCGGACGUGGAACAGCUGCAUUGGACGGUUCUUCAAAAACACGUUCGGUCAGCCUGCGCACUGCUUCGGGCGUGCACAUAUGGAUUCCAUUCUCUCCACAUACGAGAAGAUGCAAAAUACCCUGUUCAAUGCAGAUGGUGGGGAGGUUGGCAACACGGUAACAGAUCAUCUACGAAGAAAGAUACAAUCACAGUUCGGGGUCUCCGACAUCCCAGACGCUUUUUUCUUCCUUCCCGCCGAGCUUGGCGGCUUAGGCCUGCGUAACCCUUUCAUCUCUGUCCUCCUGAUGCGGGAUUCAGUGGACCUAUCCCCGAUCGAGCGUAUCGAACGCUUCAAAAAAGGAGAACAUGGAAGGUACGCCUUCGCCAAAAAGACCUUCGACGAAAUGUCCGAGAAAACACGCCGCCGUCGCGCCGAAACCGUCAAU